AGUCUUUGCAUGACUCGAAACAGAGUAGUCUCUUCAUAUUCGAUUAGCUAGUAUAGACCAGAAACAAAGUGCCACGACCAUGGCAAAUUCCGCGGAGGUGCCGAUAGCCUACCGGGCCUACACCUCGGCUGCGGUGCCAGAAUGGCUAAACAAAGGCGACAACGCAUGGCAGAUGACCUCCGCUACCCUCGUCGGUCUCCAGAGCGUCCCCGGCCUCGUAAUCCUGUACGGCAGCAUAGUCAAGAAGAAAUGGGCCGUCAACUCCGCCUUCAUGGCUCUCUACGCCUUCGCCGCCGUCGUAUUUUGCUGGGUCAUUUGGGCAUACAAGAUGUCAUUCGGCGAAAAGCUCCUCCCUUGCUGGGGCAAGGCCGGCCCGGCUUUAGACCAGAAAUUCUUGAUCAAACAGGCGGCGCUGCUUGCUACCAAACAUCACUUCCAUAACGGCACGGUGGAAACCCCCAUGGCCAUGCCGUACUACCCCAUGGCGUCAAUGGUUUGGUUUCAAUGCGUUUUUGCUGCUAUAACGCUUAUUUUGCUUGCCGGGUCUUUGCUGGGGAGGAUGAAUAUUAAGGCAUGGAUGAUAUUUGUCCCGCUGUGGUUAACUUUUUCUUACACGGUGGGGGCGUUCAGCCUUUGGGGCGGCGGGUUCUUGUACCACUGGGGCGUCAUGGAUUAUUCCGGUGGCUAUGUUAUUCAUCUUUCAUCGGGAAUUGCUGGCAUCACAGCCGCAUACUGGGUUGGUCCAAGAUCGAAAAUUGAUAGGGAGAGUUUUCCUCCAAACAACGUACUGCUAAUGCUGGCCGGUGCAGGGUUGCUGUGGAUGGGAUGGGCCGGGUUCAACGGCGGUGAUCCAUACGCCGCCAACAUUGACUCAUCCAUGGCCGUGCUGAAUACUAAUAUAUGUGCAGCCACUAGCCUACUCGUAUGGACAUGGCUCGAUGUCAUAUUCUUCGAAAAGCCUUCAGUUAUUGGAGCUGUGCAGGGCAUGAUCACUGGCCUUGUUUGCAUCACUCCUGGUGCAGGUCUUGUUCAAGGAUGGGCUGCAAUAGUCAUGGGCGUUCUCUCAGGAAGUGUCCCAUGGUUCACAAUGAUGAUUGUCCACAAGAGAUGGACACUUCUCCAAAAAAUCGACGACACCCUUGGUGUUUUCCACACCCAUGCUGUUGCCGGUUACCUCGGAGGCAUUCUUACGGGCCUUUUUGCUGAGCCACAGCUUUGUGCCCUCUUCUUGCCCGUCACCAACUCUCGUGGCGGUGUUUACGGUGGCGUUGGCGGCGUGCAAUUCCUCAAACAGAUUGUUGGUGGAGGAUUCAUCAUAGGAUGGAACAUUGUUGUGACUUCGAUCAUUUGUGUAGUGAUAAGAUUUAUAAUACCAUUGCGCAUGCCAGAAAAUGAAUUGGAGAUUGGGGAUGAUGCGGUGCACGGUGAAGAAGCGUAUGCAUUGUGGGGCGAUGGAGAAAAGUACGAUCCGACAAAGCACGGUUUCUCGUCCGAUGAUCAAACACAACAUGGUAGGCAUCUAGUGGUGCUACCCAGGUUGUCUGAAUGGAAAUAUGCUGUAAUUGGAUAAAACAGAAUCUUGGAGAAUUUAUAAACUUAUUUGUUUAUGUGAAUAUAAAUUUGGUUUCAGUAUUGUAAUCACUUAUUUCAUUCACAAUUAUCCUUGAUCGUGCAUCAA